GUCGAUUUCAAGUGAUAAUACGACUUUAUUUGAUUCACUUCUACGCGAUGACGAUACCUCUAAACUACGUAAUAACGCCUUAGGUCCAGCGCCAGCAGGUUUACCUCGCAAGCAGCCCCAUUGCUUCAACAAGAUGACCAGCAUCAUGAUGCGGCCGCUCAUCAUCUUUUCUCCGCUGCUUGUUGGGAUCGUCGACGCCGUCCAGCAGUCUGUGGCGAUCGAAAAUGAUGCGGAAAUGUACAAUGCGGAGCCCCCGUCUCUGGAUCCCUUUGUCGAGGGCGGGGCGGUGAAGGCCGAAAAAGAACGUACUUCAACUUUACCCUGCUGGUCUUGAAUUUUGCAAAAACAAAAAAGGUUUCUUCUGGUUUUGCUUUUGCAGCAAGUCGCACCUACCACAUGCGAAUUUUGAUGUCACCUGGAUUUUGAUAUCGAAGAUCCGUUUUCCACCAUAAAAAGAUCAAGCAGCACGCAAACCAUCAACCUACUCAGGUACACCAGCGGCAGCCGCAGGGAAAACCUCCCCGCCGUCUGCGUUCUCGGAAACCUCUGCCAUGGCUCGUUUGCAGAAAUUGUUCACUUCCGCCAAGAGCCGUCUCCACCAGGUAAAGGAGGCGGAGAAGAUCGCACGGGUAUGCAGUGCAAAGCAACAAGUAUCGUGCUCGUACCAAUUGCAGGAUUGCAUGACGAAGACAAGGCGCUUUGCGAAGCUGAGUCAACAUUUGAUGCUGAGUCAGCUUCGCAAUCGCAAAGCGCUUUUCGACUUGGCAAAAUUUGUCAUGCGGUUUUAGCCAGUAGCCCUGCCUAGGAUACAUUGAUUCGUCUUGUUGCUUGGCAAUGCAUAAACUGCUUCCCAGCAGCAUUUUAAAACGCUCGUACUCGACCUCGCACUGUACUACAAUGUCAAGCCAAUGACGGUUUUGAACGCCGCGCGCUUUCUAUGUACUGCAAUCAUGGUCCCGCUCCCACCCACUCCACACAGAUACAAAAAAUUUGUCGUGCGAAGGGACGCUUGAUGAGCAACAGAGUCAUUCGAUAUUCCACCACUUGCAGCUGCACAACUCUGGUUUCCUUUCGCUUUCGAUGAACCACUAUUGUAUGUCUCGCAUGACAACCUGGAGCAGGUAGCGGCACCACCAUGUUUCUAUUGCAUACUUCAGCUCCUUGGACACGGAUGGCAAUGGCGUCCUCGAAGGGGCAGAAUUCGGCACUUGCCCGCUGUCCGCGGACCUGAACCAGGACAAGAAACUCGACUUCCCCGAGUACGACCAGCAUUGCAGCAGCCAGUCAGCAGCAAAACGCAGAGGCAGCUCGUCGUUCACCGAAAUGACGCAUGUCGAACCUGGCGAUUUGACAAGUGGCAGAGCAGGAGCGUCCCCGCCAGCGUUGACAGAAGGUCCCGAAAGCGAAGGGUUGGCAUGGUGGCGGUCGGGCCCGAUGUGGUGGUGUUGCACCGGGUAGGUAGAUGGCUUCUGGGUUCUUGCUCUAUGAUGCUCAUGCAAAUGCACAAUUCGAACACCGUAGCGAUUCAAUGUGCUCGAAGCAAGUUCUAGACAUGAGGAGUCUCUGCUUACAUUGACGCGCGUCACCUUGUCUAUCAGGGCCGCAAGGGAAAUGGCCGACGACGAAGCAAGCCAGGAGAUCGUCAUUGGCUCGAGAGAAAACGAACUGACGGAGAAUACUAUUGCUAACACACAUACCGCGGAGCAAAUUCGCGCGUACUUGGCUGAUGAAUUUUGAUUAACUAGAAAUAUCUGCAUUUUUUCUUCAGAUUUCAGCAUCAGGACCAGCUGAACGGAAGCCGGCUUAACUUCCUGUUUUCGAUAUGGUUUUCCCUGGCUUACUCUAUUCAUAUGCAGUACAUGUUAUUUUUCUGCCCAGCAUAUCAGCGAGAGCGACACCACUGUAGUUGUGUGUGCGCUCCUGGUGCAACAGGAAUCCCAACUACAAAAAUUGUAGUAUUCAAAAUAAAUGACGUGCCAGACUGUGGCAGAUGUAAUUGCAGCAAAUUUUAGCCCUCCCAGAGACAUCGUGGUGAGUGCCAGUACUCCUCGUUUAUUUAUGACAUCACAGGGAAUGGGACAGAGCGGCGGAAUACGCUCGGAAUGCGCAUGAAGACAGAGUUGCGACGGAUCCGAACGUGAAUAAAGAGGGAUUGUGAAUAGACGGAUUAGAACAUGACUCGUCGCGGCUUCGGAGAAAUGUCGCGAGCGCACGGCUAACAGCAAGGCAAAAGAGCUGCACAGAAGGACGUGAACAUCCCUAAUUAAUACGUCUUGACGCCCGGGCGCGGAGGUGGAAAAAACAAUUUUUUGAAAAAUAAAAAGCAGAAGCUUUGUUUCUUCGCUACAAUCCUUACGGAUGAGACGAGCGAUUUGUUUCAUUUUCAUCAAGGAACCGAGAUCGAAUAUUUGUCAUGUUCGUUCAUUGGAUCGAUAUGGUUGCUUUCGAACAAAUGCAAAACGUGAAGACAGGUUGGCAUGACCAUUCGUUGUCGUAAAAAGCAGCUGUAUGGCGAACAAUUGAAACAGUUCUGCGAAAGCACGCAGAUGCAGUUCGAUCAGUGCCGCGCCCUCCUUUCUCACCUCCAAUUCGAU